AUGUCAAGAAUAAAGAUCUCAGAAUCUCCUGCCCCUCAUUUUGACGAGGAUCUGUACGAAGCAUCCCCCGGGCCAAGUUAUCCACGAGAAACUCUCAACAGCAGGGCUUUAUCCCCGUCACCAGCGGCUUCCACUUUAUCCGAUAAAGAGAACCGCCCUUCGAGAAGUGCAAUCGAUAAAGGAAAAGGUAGAGUUCUGAGCGUUUUGAUGGGCCCUCCGGGGGCUCCAUCUUCAGGUAGCAAGAGAAAGCGUGCUGGAGCCACUAGUGAGGGAGAUACUUCGACACAGCGCAACCGGAGAAGACGCACAACAGAAGUGGAUGGAGGUGAGGAGGAGGGUCAGGAGUAUGAUCCAGACCAAAGUGUCGAGGAGAGAAGAGAGCUUCGGCUCGAGUACAGGGGCCUUACAAGGACUUUGCAAGAUAACCGUGCCGAGUAUCUCCAUGCGGAGUCCACGGGUAUCAAGGAUACAUUGCUCAAGGCAAACAAGCUUUCAGAGAGGGUGAAGCAAACCUCGGACGCAACAAUUGACUCGCGAUUACUUGUUAGUACUGCAGACCUCGCCAAGAAGAAGACACUCCGGAUGACAUCUGGGGACACUGCACAAGGAGUUGAUGUCGAUGAUUUUGUUUCCAAGGUUAAGUUAUAUAUGGGAAGAAUUCAACGUUCCGAGGGUCAUGCCCCGCGAAACACCCAACGUAGUCGGCGGGUUGGGGCCGUAGAUGAAGAGGAUAGCGACAACGACAAUGAUGGUGAGAUGCUAAAUUGGGAACAUCUUGGACGCAAUGCAUGUUUGCCAAACAAUGCUCGCCCAUCAGUGCCAGGUUUUCUUCUCGGUCCUUUAUCUUUACAAAAGCGCGCCCGCAGGGCUAAUAUCAGAAGAGCUCCACUCAGACCAAACAACCUCCAGGAAACACGCCCCGAGCUCUUGAAAGCAGAUGAUAUUGAGAAAUCAGAGAAUGCUAAUUUGACAUAUCUAUGCACCAAAAUUGAAGACAGAUUGCGGGAAGUUCAGCUAAGAUCAGCUCGUGAUGCAGAGGAGGAGUACACAGAAGACAUGUCAGAAGAGGACGGCGUUGCGUUAAGGGAUAAAUAUGGUUUGUCGGAAACGUGGAUGAUGGCGUAUUUCAAGUUCGUCAUUAAUCCGCUUUCGUUCGGCCAGACGAUCGAGAACAUGUUUUACGUGAGCUUCCUGGUUCGGGAUGGUAAAGUAGAAGUUAAAAUAGACUCUGAUGGCCUUCCAUACAUAGGGAUCAGGGAGGCAGAAGACAAUGGCAAUUCUUCCCAUACAGCAAGACAUCAAGCCGUUCUCUCCCUCGAUAUGGAUGAUUGGCAAGAAUUGAUCAAGCUCUUUGAUAUUAAGGAACCAAUGAUAGACCACCGAGAAGAACAAGACAACAGUAAUAUUGGCACGAAGGGAUGGUAUGCUUAG